CUACAUCUCACAUGUCGGUUUAAAUACGUCAAAACUUCAUUUAUUUCUCCUCAAAUUCAAAACAAUGUCAUGUUUUUAUUGAUUUUAUCGAUCUUACAUACACAACUAUCUAUUACAACAACACGAUAAUACCAAGACUCUCGCAGAGUACCAGAGUACUUUUGACUUGGGAGAAUAACCAUGGCAAACAUAUACAAUAGCCAACUUGUACAUCCCUCCGUUUACCUCCUCCAACUCGACACUAAUAAUUUAUAGGAUGCAUUUACAUUGUAUCACCAGUAUCACGAUACCCCUUCAUCUUCUACUACCUCAACAGCUCUUCCAGCACUCGGCCAUGCCAUAAGUGGUGCAACCGGAACUGCCAUUUCGAAUCUCUGCAUCUAUCCUCUCGAUCUCAUAACAACGCGUCUCCAAGUUCAAAGAACCCUCGCAAACAGCUCUUCUUCAAUUACCCCCAAAACGCAAAAAUAUACGUCACUCGCAGAUGCUUUUGACAAGAUUUACCAUGAAGAAGGAGGGAUCGCUGCAUUUUACAGUGGAGUUCUACAAGAUACAUCGAAAUCUAUCGCGGAUUCUUUCCUUUUUUUCCUCUUCUAUGGAUACAUUCGAUCGAAACGAUUACGAUCCCACAAUUCAUCCUCCAAAGCUACUCUUCCAGCGCUAGAAGAAUUGGGUGUUGGCGCGUUAGCUGGCGGAUUGUCAAAGUUCUUCACUACUCCUUUGUCCAAUAUCGUCGUACGAAAGCAAACACAUUCCAUGACUUCCGCUGCUGGCUCAAAGGCUCCCACUAUAUCUUCCAUAAUAUCAGAUAUACGAGAGAAGAAGGGCAUCGCUGGUUUCUGGUCUGGUUAUAGUGCUUCUUUAAUUCUUACUCUAAAUCCGAGCCUUACAUUCUUCUUAUACGAGUUUCUCAAACGAGUACUGGUACCGAGAAAUAAACGCGAUGAUCCGGGGGCGCGGAUAACAUUCUUAUUGGCGGCCGUUAGUAAGGCUGUUGCGAGUAGCGUUACGUACCCCGUCAGUCUAGCUAAGGCUCGAGCACAAGUCGAUGGAUCUUCUUCUUCGAGCCCAGUCGAUAAGGAAAGUGUCGAGAAGUUUUCAGGGGAUGUAAAAGAUGCAACAAGGAAUAAAUCCAGGGAAUCUGCGAAAGAAGCAGAAAAACACCUGGCAGAUGUUUCCAAACAAGCGAGGAGAAGAACCAUAAUACACUCAAUACUCAAGAUUUAUAAAGAAGAAGGACUAGGAGGAUUGUACGAGGGUAUCGGAGGAGAGAUCAUCAAAGGAUUCCUCGGCCAUGGAUUAACAAUGAUUGUCAAAGACCGUGUUCAUGAACUAAUCAUCUCACUUUAUUUCACGGUCUUACGUCUACUGAAUCGCACCCCUUCACCAAAAGAAAUAAUAAGCGAAGCAAAAGAAAAAGUAAUCGAAAACAGCGAAGACCUAGCUUCGAAAGCCAGAGAAAAAGGCGAAAAUGCGCUACAUAGUCUCAGAGCAACAGGUGAAAGCACUCUCCAAUCCGCUCGCGAAACUAGCUCAAAUCUUACAUCCACGGCUCAAUAUUCCGCUACAAACAUCUCCAAAUCCGCAAAAGACGUUUCUGGAAAAGUAAUCGACGGAGUCAAAAGCGUAGGAGAGAAAACGAAUGCUAAUUUACCAACAACAAAAGAAGCAACUGGUAACGCAACAGCAAUGGGAAGUAAUCUAACGGAAAAAACUAAAAAUACAAAUGAAUACGUGAAUAAGGAAGCAGGUCAUCUAUUAGGAAAUGCCGGUGAACAGUUAGGAGAAAGGAUUGAGGGAUUAGGAGGAGAGGUCAAGAGGGUUGGAAAGCAGGGAAAACAAGGGAAGGAGUGAAAUUGUAAUUGUAAUUGUAAAGGCGUUGGCAACUUUGAUCUUAUAGCGGUAUUUGGGAUUGGAAUUCGGGAUAAACAUACGUGGGUACAUACUUGGACGGGCGGGAAGCUUGAAGAGGACCGGCGGGGGUGGGUUUUAAUGGUUUGGGAUAGUGCUAUGC